GUCAACGAACUUUAAUCCACGUUGUUUAUAUUUCAAUUGAUAUCCACGUGCGAAAAACUAUGUCUGCUUUAACGGUUAAUAAAAGAAAAAUGGCACAUGUUAAAGUGUCAUAUGAUUCUGGAAGUGAUGGAGAUAUUGAGAGUGAUGAAGAUGUCAAGACAAAAACUGUCUUGAAAAGAAAGAUGAAGACUUUACCAAAGAAACAACUAACAACAAAUGAGAUGGAUGAUGAGAGCGAUGAAGAUAUAGAUGAUGAGGAGGAGGAAGAUGAUGGUGAUGAGGAGGAAGAAGACGAGGAAGAGGAAGACGAUGGUGAUGAGGAGGAAGACGAUGGUGAUGAGGAGGAAGAAGGUGAAGAGAUACCAGGAGUAGGAUGGGCUGAUGCUAUGGCAAGCAUCCUCAGGAAGGAAGCACCAGAAGAGGGCUCAGCUGUCCUUGCCAAGUCAAAAGACUAUGCCAAAGCAAAGGAGGAAGAGAUGAAGGAUUAUAUGGAGAGAAUAAAAGAGAAACAAAGCAGGAAGAAAUGGGAGAAUAUGUCCAAGGUGAUACCCAAAGUUACAGACAGAGAAUUUGAAAAAUCUCUCCAAAGAAUAGCUACAAAAGGUGUGGUGCAACUCUUCAACGCAGUGAAGAAGCAACAGAAGACUAGAGAAGAUAAGCUGAAAAAAGUAGGAGGCUCACAACGAAAGAGAGCUAAAGUAGAGGCAUCACUAACGAAGGGAAAUUUCUUGGAUAUGUUGAAAGGCACGCCAGCACCUUCAAGUGUGGACCCUUCAUCAAAGGCAAAAGGAAGCGUUACAUCAGCAGAGAAACCAUUAUCUGGGGAUCAGCCAUCAUGGGGAGUGUUACGAGAUGACUUCAUGCUUGGGGCGGGGAUGAAAGACUGGGACAAGGAGGGGAGCGAGGAGGACGAUGAUGAUGAAAAAAAUGACAGUGGUUUAUCAUCAGAUUCAGACUGAUUCAGACACACCUAGAUGAUGAACAUGAUGGACAUUAAUAGUAAGCCCAGGUAUUGGAUUGGACAUGGGUGACACUGACAUUGGAUAAUCAUCAGAUUCAGAUUAAAGGAGAGCAUGACACGAGCUCUGUUGGAAGUGUUAGCCCUGGCUGCAGGGUUGGACAGUCAUGGAUUGAUAGAAGAGAGUGAGAUGGGCUCAUUGGACAGAUGGUGAGCCCUGGAAAGCCUUUUAGGCAGCAGCUUAUCAAGGCAAAACAGCAGUUGUGAAAUUUGAAAGUGGACCAAUUCUGAGGAGGUGAAGCUAUUUUUUUUGUGAUGACUAUUCAGAACCAGUCAUAAUCUUACUACGAUCUUGCAGCUGAAUCUACUUUCUUCCAUGACAUGCUUAGAUUACAGUUAUGGCUGGGUAUCUCAAGCAAAGCAAAAGCUGUCACUAUUCCAUGCAAGUUGGACAUUGUGAUAUCAAAUCUUCUUCAGUGGAUGGAUGUGUAUAUUGUGGUAAUAUUUAUUCCAUUACUACAGACUGGGAACAAUUU